GACCUGUUUGAUCGCCAUUUCGGGUAACGCUUCGCCGUCAUAUAUCCCUAUCACGCUCGCGGACUAGCACGGUCGGCGACACACCAACAUAGACAUUAUCCAAUCCAACUGGCCACUAGGUUUUACUCGUCUAGCCAGUUAGCCUUCAACCACCACCCCAGUCCUUCCUCUCGUCUACUUGACCCUUGCCAUCGCCCACUCCCGCUUCCAACAUGGCGUCCCUCGUUGAACAUGAGCGGAACAAGGCCGGCCUGCACCUUGAGACCACCACGACCCGCCUCGAGCCAAAGACUUCCCGAGAUACCCUCAUCCCCGACGGCCUCUCUCCCAUGGCCGAAAAGAACAUGACAUUAUCGCGCCCCUCAGAUGUCUCUACCCCCUACAGCGCUCGUGCCAAUCCCUUCGAGUCCGACAUCGAAGCCAUGGUUACCAAUGAAACCUGCGUCAAGAAGACCACAACAACAAAGGGGGCCACAACAGAGUGCCAGGUAUGGCCCGGUCAAGACCACUGGAAGCAAAAGGCCAAGGAUGCCAAGAUGAACCGUCACACUUGCAACUGUCUGGCGCAAAUGAGCAAACGCAACCGCAUCAUCGUCAAGGUCAUGAUCGGCUUGCUUGUUAUUGGUCUUGCCGUUGGCGUGGGCUUUGGCGUCAGCAAGCCGCUCGGUGCCGGCAUCUGGAAGAGCGAGAGGCAGAACCAAAAAUAACUGGACCACCUAUGGGACCUGGGUGCCGCCUUCUCGUUGAGAAUCUCUUGUUGGAUCCGCACAAUCGCCCAACAUGCGCAUCAUGAGGAUGCCGCGACUACAAAGAGGACGACUUCAUAGCCCUCUGUUUGAUAACCCUACCCGGCCCGCAACAGCCUGCCGACACUUUCCUUUGUCUUUUGUCUGCCGUUUCUUGGCAGGCUGCAUAACCG